AUGUGUUUCACGUCUCUACCAAAUAGCCUUACAAAUGAGGGAAUAAAAAGCUUUAUUGAGUCUAAAGAUAUUCCACCUAAAAUUAAAAGGAGGCAUUUAAUCAACGUUCACGGUGACCGCAAAGAAAUGCAAAAGAUAUGUAUUUUGCCACCAAAAAGCAAAGAACGCAAAGCAUUACUAAGAGAUCUUAGACUACAAGGAGAUCAGUUAUACAAUGAUAUGGUUCAAUUAUCAAAAAGAAUUCCGUGCCCUUCCUGUGGGGCACUUGUUGGGAGAAAAAACUAUAGCCGACAUAAUAGAGCCUGUACAGGGAGAAAACCUAAUCGGCAGAGAGUUCUGUUUGAAGCUUUAACAAAGAAACGCGUGGAUAUAUCUUCAGGGUAUGUUGAAGAUAAACUUCUAGAAGAAUUUCUAAUACCACUAAAACACGAUCAAAUAGGGAAAACCAUACGUGAAGACACACUUCUUUUAUUAAUGGCAAGACAUUUUGCAUUGGCACAUAAAGGUAACCCACAAAGAACGGCUAAUUCGAGGUCCAACAUACGGCAGCUUGCUCAGCUUUUUACAGAAAUGCAGUUCUUGAAUCCGACAGUAACCGAAUUUAUGGAUUGUUUAGAACCUACAAAAUAUAGAACGCUGAUGCAAGCUAUUUAUAAUAUUUGUGGUCUGGAUGAAUCUUUUAAAUUUCUUAAACCGUCGUCUGCUGUACAAUACAAUCAUUUAAUAAAUAAAGCCAUUCGGACUCUAAGAAAAUUACACUGCGAUGCUGAGUUACCACCAACGCAUGAAAAAAUAAUUAAUUUGAAGAAUUUUAAAUUUAUACAUACGGAAUUUUUCAAUACGUACAUUAGCAAAACAGCAUAUGCAAAUGCUUGCAAAAACUCCAUAAUGAAAAAUGUUGAAUUACCUACGAUUGAUGACAUAAGAAAGUUUGUGAAUUAUUUGAAAGAGGUUUCUGAAUGUCAUUACAACGAACUUAUGGAACAAGGAUUUAUUUACACUGCAUGGAGAGGAUUAGGAGAAGUUUUAAUGAUACAAAUUUUAGUAUUUAAUAGGCGAAGGGUAUGGGAAACGUCGGAAUUUCUACUUCAGUUAUUUAACGAAAGAAGAAAAGUUACAGACGAAGAUAAAAAAAAUAUGAAUCCCGUGGAAGUUUACCUUUGCGAUAGAUAUAGUAUAAUGAAAGCGGCUGGAAAAAGGAGUCGGCGUCUGCAAGUGCUAAUUGAUAGUGUUCAAGAGAAACAAUUGAUAUUAUACAGUCGGUAUAGAAAGGAAGCUAGAAUUUCAGACGACAAUAUAUUUUUGUUUCCAUCUGUUUCUUCCAAAAGAAAACAUUUGGACGCAUCUUUUUGCUUAAAAAAAUUUGCAAACCGAUGUGGAGCAGAUCAUCCUGAAAGAUUAACUGCCACCUAUUUGAGGAAGCAAGUUGCCACAACAUCUCAAAUGUUAUCUAUGGAUCAUAAUGAUCUUUCAAAUCUGGCAAAAUUUAUGGGACAUACAGAUGCUGUACAUCAAGCAAACUACCGGAUGCCAGAAAUUAAUAUUUACGUCACCAAGAUGUCGCGAUUCUUGUCGGCUGCUACCGGAGAAGAUGUGAACCUAUACAAAGGGAUGAAAAUAGAUGAAAUUCCUGUGGAAAUUCCCGAAAUGGAUCAUGUACAAGUAAUUCCGGAUGUAGACGACAUUGACUUAGAUGAAAUGCCAUUUGAUAAAAUUGGUACUGAGGUCCAUAGUGGUUUAGAAGAAGAUUUAACUAUUUCUCCAUCCAGUGAGAACACUCAACAAAGCAGCACCGGCGUCGUUGCAGUGAAUGGUACAGAAAACCCUGAGUACACCGAUGGCAUUGAAGAGGUCAUGUGCAAUAAAGUAGUAAGGACAGCAAUAUUAACUCCCAAGAAGAAUCUACCAUUCAAAGCAAAAGACAACCAAUUAGUUGUAACCCCACAAAGAAAAGGGUCUUCAAAAAAAAAGUACGACUAUUCGGUAGUAAAUAGUGGAGGCACAACGCCAAAAAAGAGAAUGUCAGCCUGUAAAGCAAGUAAUAAGCAAAUGGUGGUAACUCCAACUAGACAACGACAUGUUAGAAUUAAAAAGACCUGGACUAAAAAUGAGAAGGAAAUUAUGUUGAAAGAAUUUGCGAAUUACAUCGAUCCAGAUAAACCAUAUCCCCCAAUGAGGAUGAUUGAAAAAGUUAAAAUGAAAUAUCGUGACAUAUUUAAAGACCGUGCUGUAUCUGGUAUGUACAUGUGGAUACAAGGCGAAAAGCGCCGUCGUAAAGCAAACGACUAAACCAGUCAUAUGGUUUG